AUGUCGACGGAACAAAAGAUCCUCCCCAAGAAGGGCCAGAGGAAUAUCCUCAUCACCAGUGCCCUGCCCUAUGUAAAUAACGUCCCUCACCUUGGCAACAUUGUCGGCUCUGUCCUCAGCGCUGAUGUAUACCAGAAAGCAUGCGGAAGGCCUACGUUAUACAUUUGCGGCACCGACGAGUACGGCACCGCAACGGAAACCAAGGCGCUGGAGGAAGGGGUGACGCCCGAGGAACUUUGCGCAAAGUACAACAAAAUCCACCAGGAGGUCUACGAAUGGUUUGAGAUUGGUUUCGAUAUCUUCGGACGCACGCCAACUGCUCAGCACACGGAAAUUUCCCAGGCGAUCUUCAAGCGGCUGUAUGACAAUGGAUUUCUAGAGGAAAAAACCGCCGAACAGCCAUUCUGCGAGAAACAUGACUCAUUUCUUGCGGACCGCUACGUCGAGGGUGAAUGCCCACGCUGCGGCUACGAUGACGCGAGGGGGGACCAAUGCGAUAAAUGCGGGCACUUGCUGGAUCCCUUUGAUCUUAAAAACCCCCGCUGCAAGCUUGAUGGAGCAACGCCCGUCCGGCGGAAUACCAAACAUAUCCAUCUUUUGCUGGAUAAGCUGCAGCCAGAAAUUGAAGCAUGGGUUCAUCCCGCCAUCGAAAAGGGAGAUUGGCCCAAGAACAGCCGUGUUAUUACCGAGUCAUGGCUAAAGGAGGGUCUGAAAGAUCGUGGUAUCACCAGAGAUCUGAAAUGGGGUGUCCCUGUCCCUCUUGACGGGUACGAGAAGAAGGUCCUCUACGUCUGGUUCGAGGCGUGCAUCGGAUACCCUUCCAUCACCGCAAACUACACCCCGGACUGGGAGCUCUGGUGGCGGGACCCGGACAAUGUCCAACUUUAUCAAUUCCUAGGCAAGGACAACGUUCCAUUCCACAGCGUCAUCUUCCCGGGCACCCAGAUUGGAACAAGGGACAAAUGGACCAAGCUCCACCACCUCAGUACAACCGAAUACUUAAACUACGAGAACGGCAAAUUCAGCAAGUCCCGCGGAAUCGGCGUCUUCGGCAACAACGCAAAGGAAACCGGCGUCCCCGCAGACGUAUGGCGCUACUACCUGCUAAAAAACCGGCCCGAAACGGGCGACACGCAAUUUGAAUGGCGCUCGUUCGUCGAUGCAAACAACGGCGAACUCCUCGCAAAGCUCGGCAACCUGGUCAACCGCAUGGUGAAGCUGAUCGCAAGCCCGAAGGCGUACAGCUCCAUCGUCCCCGAUUUCACCGUCACCGAGCCCUUCACACCCGUUUUGGGGGAGAUCACCACCUUGCUGCGCCAGUACAUCACCGAGAUGGAAGGCGUGCAUCUGCGCGCCGGCGUCGCGACGGCCAUGCGCAUCGUAGAGGUCGGCAACGGCCUCAUCCAGUCCAACAAGCUCGACAACUCGCUGAUAGCCAGCGAGCCAGAGCGCGCCGCCUCCGUCGUCGGCAUCGUCAUCAACCUCAUCCACCUCAUCUCCAGCAUCUUCAGCCCGUACCUGCCGGCCACGUCGGCGUCGAUCCUCGAACAGCUCAACGUGCCCUUCGCGAACAUCCCCUCGCUCGACGAGCUCAAGGACGAAGGGUGGAAACCGGCCCUGAUCAAGCCGGGCCAUCAGAUUGGUAAGGCGAAGUAUCUGUUUUCGCAAAUCGAUCCGAAGAAGGCGGAUGAGUGGCGGGAGAUGUUUGGCGGCUCGCAGGCGGAGAGGCUGAAGAAGGAACAGGAUGCCGCGAAGGCGUUGGCGAAGAAGGCGGCGACCAAGGCGAAGAAAAAGGAGAAGAAGAAUAAGAGUAAGGGGGACGGCAUGAUGGAUGGAGGUAGUGGUAAUAAUAAUAAUAAUGAGGCGGUGGAGAAGCUGGCGGAUGGGGUUGAGCAGACUACGAUAUCCAGCUCUUGA